AAGAACGGCUAGCCGAAGGCCAGUUGACUGCAAGCCUUUGAGAGCUGAGGUGGUCUGAGGGACGGCACUACCAUGAGCAGAGCGGUCCUGAAGAAGCGCAGCAGCGGGGCCAGUCUGGCCGAUCCUGACUUAAACAUCAGAAGGAUGGAGAACCGAGAUCAGCGGUCCCGGGAUGACAUACAGCCUCAUCCACCAGAAACAACCCGAGAGAUGGACACCCAGAUAGAAGAAGGGGACGGCGUCACCCUUCCAGAAGUCAUCGAGAAAACCUACGCCACCAAAAAGAGAAGCCCCAUAAAGGCUCUCAACAACUCGCCGGUCGUCAUCGACGACUUUCGGGCAAAGGUAAAAAUCCACCAGCUUCAGACCGAGCUGAUGAAGAAGAAGAUGGAGUGUGACUACCUCCGAGAAGAGGCCAAGCAACUGACGGACGAACUCAAGUUCGAGAGGUUCAUGCUGAAAAAAAAGACCAACGAAGCGAUCGGCACCCUCCAAGAAAAGAACAAGGAAAUGACGAAGGAGAACCAGGACCUUAGGAAGAAAGAAUUGGAAGCGAAGAAAACUCUUGGUGAGUUGGAUAAAUCUAUGGGCAAUACCAAGGCGAUGCUGAAGGAGGCGGAAGACAAAAUGGACACAGUGGAGAAGGAAAAGAUUCGCGCCAUGGCAGAUCUUGAGGAACUCCGGUCGGUAAACCGCCGUCUACUCGUGGAAAAGCGGGAAGCAAAAGUAGCAGAGGUCGAAGCGAGCCACCGUGCAAGUGAAGCCGAGCGAGUCGCGGAAGAGGAACUUAAAAAGCGACAAGAGGCAGAGAAGAAGCAGGAGGAACUUCUCGAGCAGAGAGAGAGCAUGAAGAAAGAGCGGGAUGACGUCAAAGAGGUGUAUACCUCGCUUCAGGAACAGAUAGAAAUGGAGGAGAACAAGCGGAAGGAGUUCCCGGCAGUUUCGACUCAGACGAACGUUCGGUCCUGCCUGCUGUGUUCCAGCGACAGAGAGCUCAAGGCCGGCCACCAGGUUAUAGAGGGGUGUGAGCUUCUCCCUUACUUCACCCACGGGAACAACAAGCGGCUGAACAGACACGUCGUUCUGCCCAGAAUCAGCGACAAGCCUCCCUCUGCCGAUGGCGGCGAUGUGAGUUCCGGUUACAACACUGAAGAGAGCAACGCACAGGAUCCACCGGGAUCUCCUCGUAAGGGCGGCAACGGCAGCAGGGGGAAGACACCUGCAGGCAACGGGGCCGGGCGCACUCAGCUGCCGUCUGUCAAGGCAGUCCGGCGCCGCAGAAGCUCGGGCCUGAUGCAGCCUCACCCUCCGUAUGACGACAUCACCGUGGAGGAAUCCGCUGAGGACGGGAUGCUGAACAUCUCCAUCCACGCACCGUGGCUGCUCAAGCAUCAGGCCGACCCCUACAUGGCAACACCGCCCGGCUACUACGGGUACGGAUACGCCGUGUUGCCGUACGGAGUGGACGAUGACGAGCUAGAUGGAGAGGAGGACUCUACCGUAGACAAGAACGACGAGUGAACUGGUCCUAUACCAUACAAGAGACGGUUGCCUCAGAUGAACCAUUAUGGACUUCGCAAUGUGAGUUUUGAUUGGUCGAACAAGCGAUGGACAAACAUAUUCAAACUAUAUUCCGACACAGUGUUAUAUCUCGUGUAUUGUAAUCCAGAACAAGACAUUCGAAUUCUUCUGAAUGGUAUGUCACCUCGAAUGGCGUGCAAGGGUACGCAGAUAGAGGUAAGAGAACCUGUGAACCAGAACGGCAGUUAUUGUGUAGCCAUUAUAUACAUCUGUAGCGAAAGAGCACCAUCAAAAGACCAACAGAUCUAGAGCUUUAUUUUGCUGAGCGACCACACAGUGAUCAAAAAUGGAAUUUGUGUGACCCAUGAUUUUAUAGUAUGGUGCAUGAUAUAAAUUGAAGUAUGAUUCAAAAGAUAGAACAAACUUAAAAAGAUUCCUUCUUUUAUCGGUGAAAUUCUUUGAGCUAUUUGUAAAUCUUUGGUCGCUCAGCGGU